GCCGUCAUUGUGAGCCACUGAACGCCGCUACGAAAUAGAAGUUUCCUAUCUAUUUUUAACCACAAAAGUUAGUUGCACAAAUAUUUAUGCAGUCGGACGAAGAGGAUUCUCUGCUGCACUCAUGCUUCGACUCUCUGAAGAACGCAGUCAUGGGUUGCUGUUACAGUUUAUGCCAUAAAGAGACUGACCCCCAGGAAAACACAGUGAACGAACGGACACAUCUGCUCGAAGUGAGUGAACAGACGCAAGAGAGUCCGGCGCCAGCGCCGGCCGCGCCGCCGAGAAAGCCUGACGAACAGAGCGCUCUCAACAGGAUACUACAUGAGACUGCCACUAACGUAAUAGACGUGGGCGCGCUCGGGCCGUACGCGCUGGAGCCGGGCGCGUACUCGGAGCGCGUGCGCGCGUACACGGCGCGCGUGGCCGCCGCGCCCGCCGCGCCGCCGCCGCGCGCGCGCCUGCUGCAGGACGUGUCGCAGGCCGAGCGGAACCUGCUGCUGUCCAAACCGCCUAUUAGCAAUGACGAUAAAGACCUAGUGAGUGAUACCAUAGGUUUAGGUUUAGGUUUAAGAUAUUUAUUUCUCAAAAGAUUACAAGAAUAA